CCUACCUAAAAGCAAUACCAUUAGAUUCCGGUUCCAAAUUUUUCUGAAAUCUUGAAAAUAUAUUGGAGGAUUGAAUGCUGGACCGAUGAAUGUGAUUGUCAUCGAUAAUGGCACAGGAUUCUGCAAAGCUGGCUUUGCGGGAGAUUCCUCUCCAAAAGUAGAAUUUCCAUCCGUUGUGGGGCGACCAAGAUACAUCCCGGUGGUAGCCGGGUUGAAAUAUCGCAGUUUGUACGUCGGUGGCUCUGCUCAGGCCAGGAGGGGUAUCCUGUCCCUAUCAUAUCCUAUCCGCCAGGGAAUAGUUUAUGAUUGGAAGGACCUGGAAACCAUCUGGGACCAUACUUUCCACCACCUGUUAGAAGUCAACCCAAGCGAACAUGCAGUCAUCGUGUCCGAAGCUCCAAAGAAUCCCCUACGGAAUAGAGAACUCAUGUUGGAGAUUUUGUUCGAUAAAUUCGGUUGCCAGGGAGCAUUCGUCGCCAUCCAGGCUGUCCUGGCUCUCUAUACUGGAGGCCGGACAACAGGCAUUGUUCUAGAUUCUGGAGACGGAGUCAGCCACGCCGUUCCCGUGUAUGAAGGUUAUGCCAUUCACCAUGCCAUUUCUCGACUGGAAUAUGCCGGACGAGCACUUACCGAUUACCUUCUGGCAUUACUUACAGAAAGAGGAUAUUAUUUUACAUCAACAGCUGAAAUUGAAAUAGUUCGAGACAUAAAAGAGAAGCUCUGUUUCAUUAGCAAAGAUUUCGUGGCGGAUAUGAGAGCGUGCGCCAAGACCCCUACUUCAUACGACAGGACUUACGAGUUGCCAGACGGACAGGUACUCACAGUAGGAUCUGAGAGGUUCCGGUGCCCUGAGGUGCUCUUCAGACCCUCAUUCCUUAAUCUCGAUGGCCCUGGGUUUCAGGGAGCACUGUACGAUUCAGUCAUGAAGUGCGACGUGGAUAUUCGUCGAGACAUUCUGGAGAAUGUUCUCCUCUCAGGAGGGAACACCCUGUUUCCUGGAAUAGCUGGCCGACUCCAGAAUGAACUGCAGGACAUGUGUUCCAGUCGGGUUCGAGUCUGGGCUCCAGCGGAGAGGAGGUAUGCUGUUUGGCUGGGAGGUUCCAUCUUGGGUUCGUUGUCCACCUUCAAAGAGAUCUGCAUUACCAAGUCAGAGUACGAGGACUAUGGGCCAAAGAUUGUGCACAGAAAAUGUUUUUAA